UAUUGAAAUGAGCUGAACAGAGGGAGUAGAGGAAGAUCAGCCAAAGCUGAGGAGCUCCACACUGCACACACAGGAGCAGGCGCAGGCGCAGGGUGGCCGCGGGUAAAACUUCUCACCACACACACACUUAGGCUAAUAGCAACAGUUUGGGUGUAUCUGGAGCAGCUCGGGUCGGACUGCUGGACUCCGCUAUGGGCUGCUGAAGGGGCCGAUGCUCUCUGGAUAGUCUGAUGAAACUCGUGAACUGUAGGCGAGGAACACAUUUUAAACUGUUUGCAUCUGUUUUCUGAACACUUAUCCUGUAAAAUAACUGUGGCGUAUUCCUACUGACUAAGUUGCAGGGACAUUACGGAUUAUAUUUUCCUCCAAAAAAUAAUAAAUAAUAAUAAUAAAAAUAAUAAUAAAGCCAGAACAAGAACAAGAGGCAAGAGCGCGCAAGGAAGGCAACUGGUUUCCGGUCCGUUUCCGGUCUGUUUCCGGUGAGAUUUACCUGCUGAGAGCAUGAGCCAGGCGGACGUGAGCUGCUCGGCGCGUCAGCGCGUCUUCCAGGAAGCUCUGCGCAAAGGCAACACGGCGGAGCUGCACUCUCUGCUGCGCGGCAUGACCAACUGCGAGUUCAACGUGAACUCGUUCGGGCCUGAGGGUCAGACGGCGCUGCACCAGUCCGUCAUCGACGGUAACCUCGAGCUCGUCAAGCUGCUGGUGAAGUUCGGCGCCGAUGUGCGUUUGGCAAACCGGGACGGCUGGAGCGCGCUGCACAUGGCGGCUUUCGGAGGCCACCAGGACAUCGCACUCUACCUCAUCACGAGGGCCAAGUACUCAUCAGGAGCGCUCUGAGAGAAGCCAGCAGACGCAGAGAAAAGCCGGACAUGAAUUAAAGCAGGUUUCCCUUUAACCUGGUCCUGGAGUGAAGCCCUAAUCCACCUCAUCUAGAGCUGCUCGAUAUAUCGCUUGUUCACUGUUAUUGCGAUAAUAGCUUUUGCGAUACUUGCGUAAUAAUCUGACCAGAUCGGAUUGCCCCUUUAUUUUCUGAUCUCAGCAAAAAUCCACUCAAGGCACUGUAAAAUCUUGCAGAAUAUCAGACCAUGGUAAUUAUGUACUACAAUUAUAAAUAAUCAACCAAUUACAACAGAUUAAUCAGUCAGGUGGUUAUUUUCAUCUGAGCAUGGUUUAGAGUAGUACAUUAUAAAAACAGCCCAAUCUGGUAACACAGACUGCAGUGUCCAAAAGAAGCCUUUAGAAAAUCACAAAAUUCUUAGUGUUCUGUGACCUCCCUCAGAAGAUGAGUGUCUCCAACAGAGGUAAAACCGUGCCACAUCAGCAGUUCACCAGUGUGCUUUUUUUUUUUUUUUUUAUAAGAUGUAUUGCAAUCAUGAAAUGUAGCAAUAUGUGGUAUUUUUUUCGAUAUCAUGCAGCUCUACCCUGCACAUUUUUGUGUUCUCCCUGCUCUGCUGCACUCAUUUUAACCUCAUUAGGGCUUUUUCAAUAGCUGGUGAGUUGAGUCGGGUGUGGAUAAACACCAAAAUGUGCAGUUUCUGAGGACUCCAGGACCAGGAUUGUGAAACGCUGCCUUAAGCCUAUCGCAUUCGACCACUUUUUGUGCCAAAGUCAAAGACUGAUUAUUGGUGAUAUAGUGUGGCACGGAUUCAAGUCCAAAAUGCAGAUGGUGUUGGGUUGGUACAAUGUCAAAGAUGUGGUUUGUGAACAAUGAAUACAGUUUAUAUUAUACAUUUAAUCAGUGCAUGAUUUAUAGAUUACAUUCUGAAUAUAUUCUACUCACAGAUUGCUGACACUGAGAUACAAUGACAUAGCUGGAUUGAUAUAUACAUGUUAAACAGGUUCUUUGCUUUUUUUUUAAAUGGCAGGAAUGGUUAUUAGCUGAUUGAUGCAUAUAGGGUUAUGACUUUGUCAGGAUUCUUACCUCAAAAUUGGUGUGGAGACGUUCACACAGUAAAAGAUUCAGGAUCUCCAGCGAAAUAUGCAUUUCUUCCAUGGCUUUUAAAGAGCAGUUGUUGUACAUGGAAGCCUCAGCUUGUAAAACCCUACUGAUUUCCAAUUUCUAGGAACAUUUUUCCCCCUAACUUGAACACAGUGUAAACACAAUAGUAUCAAAUUUAAAUUCACACCAGCAGGGGAUUUAGGCUCAAGCUACCUAAUUGUGAAAUGAGGAAUGACUGGGUGCUUUCAGGGCCAAGCCUGUCACCAUUAUCGUUUUAUGCUAUAGUCAUUUUAAAUGUUAGACUGCUCACUCAAUGUAACUUAUUAGUUUCUCAAGAAGUUGAGCAGAUUCACAGAAUCAUAUUGUAUUACACACGUCUAUCCAAUGCACUGCAUAUUGAAGUACAUAAGCCUGUUUUUUUGCCCAGUUUUAUUGCCAAUGCUGGAAAAAUGUUCUGAGUUUAGAAAAUUGUGAGAAAACACUGAUGAAGUAUCAUUCAAAGCCAGUAUAGAAAUAUGCAUCAUUUAUACUUGAGAAUGUUUGAAACUAUUGCACUGAUGGCUGUUUUAUGAACAGUUGGUGUCACAACCAACUUUGAAAGAUACUAUUUUUCUAAAUGGAAAAAAAAUCAUAUUGUAUGGAAGCUCCAUGGUAGGUUAGUCUUCUCUCACUUUUGGCAAAGACAUUGAAAUGUCUGUAGAUGUUGAUUUAGAACUUUGUGAAGCGCUUUACUUGGUGUUCCUCCUUGCACAAUAUCGAACACUUGUCACAAAAACGUGACAUUGUUUUAAUAUCUGAGCAAUUUCAACACUCAAUGUUAUGUUGAUUUCUUUUCAUGGAAGAACAUUCAGGUAAAGUGUUCAGUAAUUCUUGGAGCACUUCUUCACAGAAGUCCCGUCCUCCUCUUUUUAAGGGGGGCGUUACAUGGUAAAAUCGGUGUAGCGCAAUGUUACACAAUGCACAAGUCUUUACUUGAUAAUGCCAUAACAUUUAUGACAUGAGAGUAAAAAAAAAAUACCAUCCUUGGUUGAGAUAAAUGUCAAAUGACUGUGAUUUUAUUGGACCAACUUUUUGGAAUUCUUAUUUUCUGCAAAGAGAAGUUCAGAAAAAGAGACCAAACCACUGAUCUCUUGUUAUGCUUUUGUGAAUUGUUGAUAUGUUGUUGUUUUAUAUCUGUCUAGAAGGUUUGUUCUUAAUGUUUUAAAUGGUGUAAGUGGUCAUAUUUUGAAAGAUAUUACAUGUUUAUUUGUAUCUUUGUACAAAAGCCUUUUUAAAUAUUAAAUUCUGCUUUUCUAAAA